AUGGACGAUUGGAGAAGCACUAUCUCGACUCAGGAACGAAGUCAGUUCGUUACUGAAUUGGCGCAGAUUCUUGCCGAUAUGAGUCGAAUUAACGGUGGUGAAAAGGCGAAUUUCAAUUUGGAGAAAUUGAAAAAGAGUGCCGAACAGUUUGAGUCUAGCCUGUAUGCCAGUUGUAAUUCUAAGGAUUUGUACUUGGAUGCUAUGCGGAAACGGAUUGCUGCCAUGGAUUCUGCUAAGAGGAAGUCCAUUGAGGCUCAGAGACAGAAGCUGGCUCAAGCUCAGGCGCAAGCACAAGCUGUGCAGAGACAACAGCAACAACAGCAACAACAGCACCAUAUGCAACAGCAAGGUUCCGGUCAACAGCAGGCGAAUGGCAUUCCGGCUAAUAUCAAUGCUCAGAUGUUUUUGAAUCAACAGGCACAGGCUAGACAGCAGGCUCAAAGGCAAAUUAGAAGCACGCUCACUGGACAACAGCAGCAGCAGCCAAUGCCACAACAGCCACAACCACAACAGCAGCAGCCUAACAUGAUGAGGCCACAAUUGACGUUGCAACAACAACAGCAACUCGCCAAUGAGCUAAAGGUUACGGAAAUUCCUAGAGAAUUACUCCAGAAAAUACCCAACUUACCUCCCGGGAUCACAACAUGGCCUCAGAUUACCUUUUGGGCACAGAAGAAUAGACCUUCUCAGAAUGAUUUGAUUAUCACCAAGAAAGUUUAUCAACUGCACCAGCAAUUGUUGAACAAAUCUAAGCUUCAACAAUCAAAUGUUAACAGAAUGAAUACUUCUGUUCAGCAACCGGGAAUGGGUGUGCAACAAUCUCCUAAUCAAAGGAUGAAUAUGAAUCAAGUGCCUCAACAGCAACAACAGGUACGACAACAACAACAACAACAACAGCAGCAGCAGCAACAACAACAUAAACAGCAACCUCAGCAUCAAGAACCUCCAGCGGUGUUGGGAAGAUUGAAUCAGGUCUUCACCCAAGCUGAACAGAAAAUGCUUUAUGAAGCUGGUAAGAAGAUGAUUGAAAAUUUGCAAAGGUCCGGAAAGUUGCCUCCAAAUCUCGAUAGCCAACAGCAGCUUCUUUAUAUCAAAAAAUAUAUGAACCAAAUGGUGUUGAAGAAAAUGCAACAGUUGGGAAUCCCAAUCCCAAUGCCUGGUUCUGCUCAACAGCAGUCUCAGCUGUUACAACAACAACAGCAACAACAGCAACAACAGCAACAACAACAAAGACAACAACAGAUACCACAGGUUCAGCAAGCUCCUCUUCAACAACCACAAGUUCAGCCACCUCAAUCCCAACAAGCUCAGUCUAGACGACAAGCUAUGGGAAUGAAACCAACCCCUGUUAUUCCAAACGCUGGUGUCAUGAAGCCUCAACCUCAACAAACCCCUCAGAAUAUCCAACAACCAAUGAUGCAACAGCAAUCAUCACCACCACCACAACAGCAACAACAACAACAGCAGCAAUCCAAAAUUUCUGUUCCAAGACCAACAGAACAGGAUAUGCUAGCUCUCAAGAAGUUAAAUGCAGAAGUUACCAAAAAUCCCGUAAAGCUUAAUGAUAUCACCAACAGGUUGACUAAUGAUCAAAAACAACAAAUCAGAUCAAAACUUCAUGCCAAUCAGCAGCUAUUCAGCAGUGUUGAGAGCUUCAUACCUACAUUAUACAUGUUGACUAGAAAUGAAGAACAUAUCAGACAGUUAUUACAGAUUAGGAUGCUUACUAGGGAGAUUAUGGAAAAAGCUGUCAGAGGAGUCUUCUUGGUUGAACCAAAUGUUGUCGAUAAGGUCAUUUUUAGAUACCAAAAGUACUAUGAGUAUACUAAGGAGCAAUUGUUAAGAAGACAGCAACAGUUGAUGACAAUGCGUCAAAUGCAGAAUAAUAACCCUAAUCUAACUGCAAAUGACUUACUAAACCAACAACAGCUGUUACAGAAUAGAAAACUGAACUUAGCAAUGCAAUCACAGACACAAGAACCACCUCAGAUUGCUGCUCAGCAACAGCAACCACAGCAACCAAUUUCAGGUGUUAACAAUAAUUCAAACAUGGGUAUCGUCCUCGACUCUUCACUAAAUGCUACUAGUAGAUCAGGAACUAAUACUAUGGAAUUUUUGAACUCUCCUGAAUUCAGCGCUAUUUCACCAGCAGUUCCAUCUCCAAACAAGGAUAAAAAGAAUCCUGCUACAAGGGCUGUAAAGGGUAAGAAGAAUUCACAAUCUGGUAUUCCGACUUCUAAUCCUCAAUCCAACAGCAAUGCAAGUGUUGUUAAUUCAAGAACUGCCACACCAACUGUAAUUCCUGGCUCCUCCCCAAUGUUCAAUAACAAGAGCUUAGCUUCUGGUCAACAGAAUUCGCCUUCGCCGAAGACUAUGAUAAAUUCUCCUCCGCAGCAGGAUAAUCCAUAUAAGAAUGACGAACUAGCUCUGAAGAAGAUGGCUAUCAGGACAGCAGAACUGAUGUCACGUUAUAAACAUCGUAAGGAGGUCUUUGUAAUGUCUUCAAUUGACUUGUUUUUGUCUACAUUUGCGGACUGUUUGGAUAUAAAGGAUGAUGCUGUCGAUUUAGUUCAUAAGACUCCACAGCCAAUAUUAGACCAGAUUAAUGGUACAGGUAAGAAAAAACUCUCAAAAGCGGCCCAGAAGGCAAGAGAUCAAGAUCCAGUCGAGAUAUCGGUAAGGAAUAACAAGUUGUUGAUGCCAAGCAAGAGCGAGAAAACCUUGCGUUCGUUCAAAAUACCUAUCGCUGACAUUACUGCUUGUUUCAAACCAUUCGCGGAUCCUAAACAACUAAUACUCAACUCUACACCGAAGCAUGAUGAAAAGAAAAGGAAAUUCGAUGAUUUAGAAAUCAGCCCCACUGAUUCUUCGAGUGAGUUAAUGUCUGAGUCCAAAAAAGUCAAAUUCGAUUCACCUGACGAUAUGUUUUUGAAUGACCCAUCUUCCGUACAAGAAACUAAACCAUUAGUGCCAUCGGAACUUGGAAUGUACUCAAUUAAUUCAAAGCCUUCCAUUCCUUCAUCAGCUGGUAAUAUGCCAGCUCCUAAUGAAUCUACAGAUUCAGGAAUGAAUAUUUGGGAUUGGAAUUACUGGGAAAGCCUGUAA